CGGCCGCUCACGAGGACGCCAGCGUCGCGUCUGCCGGUCAUCGCCCCGUGGCGGCGUGUCUGAGACGCCCCGGCCCUUCUUCGGGAAGGAGGACUACGGCAUGCCUCCGUCGUGAGCGCCAUGUGGUGCGGGGUCCAGCUCGCCCUGGCGCUGCUGGCGGCGGCGGCGGGGGCGGGGGCCGCCCCCGAGGUGCUGCUGCCGGGGCUGGGGGCGGCGCGCGGCUCCUCCACCGCCUCCCGCUGGAGACGGCGCCCCGUCUUCCAGUUCCAGGGUCUGCCGUUCGCGCGGCCGCCGACGGGACGUCUCAGGUUCAAGCCUCCAGAACCACCAGUCCCAUGGGAUGGUGUUUUGGACGCCACAAAGUUCAAUCGGAAGUGUCCAACGUCACUGGUAGACUCUACAUACGACGUUUUAGACGUAAACGACACCGGACAUCCAGAGGACUGUCUCCACAUCAACGUGUAUACGCCCAGCCUGAACACGUCGGGCAGUGGGCUUCCCGUGAUGGUGUUCUUCCACGGGGGCUCAUUCAGGGUCGGCUCGGCCAGAGACUUCCGACCUGAGUUCCUCCUGGACAGGGACAUCCUGCUGGUGGUGCCUCAGUACAGGCUGGGCCCUCUAGGGUUCCUGUGCCUGCAGACUGAGGAUGUCCCGGGAAACGUGGGGCUGCUGGACCACAUCUCGGCGCUGCGGUGGGUCCAGAGCUACAUCCACCACUUUGGCGGGGACCCGGGCUCCGUCACCGUUUUCGGCCAGAGCGCCGGCGGCGCGUCGGUAACCCUGCUCAUGGUCAGCCCUCUGGUGGAGCAGGGCCUGUUCUCCCGGGUGAUCGCGCAGAGCGGCAGCGCCUAUGGCACGUGGGUCAUGGACCCGGAGCCCGUCGAGCACGCGCGCAGCAUCGCCACGCUGGCCAACUGCAGCCAGCAGAACCUCACCGAGCUGGCGAGCUGCCUCAGGGAGGUCGACACUCACGACCUGCUCAAUGCUCACUCCAGCUUCCUGUACAGGGACCUGAAGUCGGGUGGCCGUGGUACGGGAGGCAACCACGUGGUGGUCCAGGAGGAGUCUGUGGGCGCGCGCAGCCGCUUCCUGGUCGAGCAGCCCGCCGUCAGCUUCGCGCAGGGCCGCUUCCACCGGGUGCCACUCAUGGGUGGCGUCACCAAGCACGAGGGCAGUUUCAUCCUGGGCAACAUUUACGACAUAAUCCUGCAGACAAGGAAGCUCACUCACGAUUUCGAGUACUUGAGUCGAAACCUCACGAGGGAUACGCUUAGGUUCGGAGGCAUAGAAGACGCGACAGGCAUGGUGGAACAGGUUCUCGUGCAGAAGUACUUCCACAACGGGGAACUCGGCUACUUCGACAAGAUGACGCCUGGUCUCGUUGAUAUAUGCGGCGUGGCGCUCCUGAAGGCCUCCACGUUCCGCAUGGUGCAGGAGAACAGUCGCGCGCGGCCCAGCUACAUGUACUCCUUCAACUACCACGGCCGCCACACCAUGUUCGGCUACGGCGAGGAGGUGGACUACCCCUUCCCUGGAGGUGUGGCGCACUCGGACGACCUCAUCUACCUGUUCCCUCACGACGACAAGAACCUCAGCGGGCCGGAGCUGGCCGUGGCGAGGACCAUGGUGCAGCUGUGGACCAACUUCGCCGCCACGGGGUCCCCGGCGCCGGCGGAGGGAGUCCCCGCGUGGCCCCCCAUCGCGGACCAGAAGGGGCCCUACCUGCGCAUCGACGCGGCCAGCGCCGUCGGCGAGAACUUCCUGGACGAGUACCUGGCGGCGUCUCUGCAGGGCCUGGCCUACUCGUCGUCGUCGUCGUCGGCGGCGCCUUACUCUAGCGUCGCGGCGCUGGUAGCUCUGGUCGUCUCCUGCGGCGUCGCCCUCGUGUGACCUCCCCCCCCCCACCCCCCGACCCGGCGUCACCCGACGUCACCCGGCGAACAAGGACGUCGGCGGUCCCUUCCUCCGCGACUCUGCAAGACGGCGACUCCACAAGACGGGAUAUUUGCUAUAGGGACCGGAAAAAAAUUUUUUUCGCGGAUUUCAUUUUCGCGUUACGCUAGAAUCCAAACAACUGUAGGUACCUUCAUGAUGUUGCGUCUGUGAUUUGGCUCACAGUAUGUCUGAAUGGACUUUGAGCCAAUUGGUAGAGACCCGUGAAUUUCGCGGAUUCAUUUCGUGUUAUGCUAAAAUUCAAAUAAUUAUACCUUAGUGCUGCUUCUGUCAUUGGUUCACUGUUAAUGUGGAGGGACUGAGGGCCAAUUAGAGACCCUCACUCCUAGAAAUGUCGAAUCACAGGCCACCCAGUCGAGACGACUCACAAGUCAACAGCCAAUGAACAGUUGGCAUUUGCCCGAGUGUGUGGAGGAUAUUGGAGUCUAUCCUGGAGGUCAUUGAAUCCGCGAAAUUCACGGGUCUCUACCAUUGGGAAACAUUCAACCGAAAAGAAAAAAAGUAUCGAAUCGCAAGAUGCCCAAUUUUGACAGAUGUCAUGAGUCGAUAGCCAAUGAGCAAUUGGCGUUUGCCUGAGUGUUUUAGGGGGUUGUGGAGUCCAUCCUAGAGGUCACUGAAAGCGCAAAAUUUUCCAGUCUCUAUAUAUUGCUGGAGACCGGAAAAAUUCGCGAAUUUCAUUUUCGCGACAGGCUAAAAUACAAUUAGUUAUACCUUAGUGCUGCCUCUGCCUCUAUCGGCUCACAACUCCGCCUGGAUGACUCUGGACCAAUGAUAAACCACCCCAACCAAAACUUUGUCGAAUCACAGGCUGCUGCUUCGCUGGAACGUCUCACAAGCCAAUGAGAGGGUGGCAUUUGACCGAGUGUACGUAGAACUAUGGAGUUUCAUCCUGCAGGUCAUUGAACCCGCGAAUUUUUCCGGUCCCUAGAUAUUGCCACAAAAAAAAAAAACUGCGCGGUUGAGAAAUGCCAACAUCAAAAACUAAGUUUAGAAUACAGGGAAAACAUAAAAAUAUGUCUUUAACAUAAUUAAAAAAAGUAAUUUUAUAUCUAAACAUUCUUAGUUCAGAUUUCAUGGAAUGGUGUAUUAAAGGAGUGAGGUGUAUUGGGUAUUAACGGCAAAAUAUUAUACUUCUGAAUAGUUUUUGACAAUGUUGAAUUAUCUUGCGGUAGCAAUGAAACAGAGGCUAUGGUUUUUCAAAAUAUUCAAAUUUUCAACAUCGUGUUUUGGUUGUCCUUAAUUGUAAAAUAACUUAUCGUGAAAAUGUUUUGAUAAAUAAUCGCAGAAACUAACGACCAGAAAAAAAUAAAGUUUGCCAACAUUUACUUUCGAAAAGUUAAUGUUUUUAUUUAGGUUGUCAGGUUGCCUAUAAAUCCCGCAAAGUACCCUCAUUUCCAGAGUAUAUAAGAGCGUUAGCUGUAGCAUCGAGUUGCCAUUCUUUAGCUUCCUUCAUUUGUGCUUGUGACUGACUGACGUGUUAUUUUCCGCACAUGAAAGAAACUCACCCAAUCAUGGAACACACAGUUAGUUCAAUGUCUUUUUCGGAAAAAAAUAAAACCUGUUCCUAGGGAUAACACCUUGCAAUCUAGAAUUUAUUUUUCUAAAUUUAAAUGCAUUAAUCCUAAUUACUCGCACAUCAAUGAAUAAAUAACAUAUUUCCAAAGUUUUCUGCCCUGUUACCCUGUUACCGCCUAGUAGUAACGAAAACGCUCCAACAUGGAACUGCCGAAAAUAAUUUACUAAUGAAUUCAUGUAAGCAAUCACUGUUGAGACCACAAAUAUUGGCUUCAACCAAAGUGCAAAUCUUGAUACUGUGAUUUAAAAAAACAAAUCCAUAUGCACAGUAAGCUAUGGUCUGUUUGUAAAAAAAAAUAUUAACUGAAAUAGAGGGUUGUUAUCUACAUAUCGGUGACUUUCAUGCACUAACCAGUACACAAUUUAAAAUAUGGAACAUUAAAACUUCGUUCUAUCUAGUGUCUAAGUUACGGUAAAAAGAAUAAGGAAGAAUGGAAGGGGGAAGUGAGGGCUUCUCAUUCCCUCAGCGUACCUUCACUUUAUUUUCAUAUUUUCCAAUUUUAAUCGGAAAUUUGGAGGAUUCACUUGGUGUGACGUCAUCCAAAGUAUACACCUGUACCUGUAUAAUGAAACAUCAUAUUUCAUUAUGCAUUUAUUCAGUGGCUCAUUUCUUUAAAAUAUAGCACUCAUGUGUAAACACUGUACAACGUCUCUCUGUGUGGCUGUCUUCCACAAUCCAAUAGGCCACUUGCCAUUACAAACAUUAGCUUUCCCAUUGUUCGAAUCAACUGCGACCAGCGCGUUUCUAUCUUUAUGGUUUGCUUACGUGAUUGAUAUCGUGCAACUGUUAGCUCAUUGUCAGAAUAGUCGCGGACAGAUCGUUAAUUCUAUGCAACUUUGCGACAUUCCGAAAGUUCUGGUGCUUGUCCAUCUUUCAGCUAAAUAAGCCUGCGGGGUUUCCGACCCUUCACCCAUGUCUUGUACGGGCCCCGAUUUUCACAAACGGGCCAAAAAGGCAUUUUCCCAGAGCGCCAGUUUUUGAGGGGUGAUAAAGUAAGUAUGAUUUGCAAAAAAAAAAAAAAAAAAGAGGGAAGGGAAAAAUAAAUUUCUUAACGUAACAGUGAUGAAUUUAUUUUCAAAAAUACAUGUCAAGGGGAAAUUUUAGUGUAUACUAACUAUUGCAGUGCGCUGAAGAAAUAUCAGGUUUUCAUCAACCAAAUGCUCUAGAAAUAGAUUUAAACCUCGACUAACCACAUACAGUAUAAUAUAACCCAUGUUUUAUUACGGUAGUUAUUACAGCCGUAUAAAAUUGAAAUUGCCAUGUAUUAAUUUGAAAAUAAGAAAAAUAGACAAACAA